GAUUAUUAUUGAUUGAGAUUUUUGUUGGCAACACUUGUAAGUAAAGAAAAACAAAUCGCCGCAUUGAGGGUUUUCGGGUUUUGGACUUAGCAGUGUUUUCGUGCAUUGUAAACUGUUUUAAACCUCAUAGUUAUCCGAAUUUUCUUUCACUUUAAACGUUAACAAGAUGCAGAUUGCCAAUUUAAGCACACCUAUCGUAAGACUCCCUUUCUUGAGGCACAUUUCUUUAAAUCCAUUCUCCACGAGCUCAACCAUGUGUGAUUACAAGUUCAGACUGAGAAACAAGCUACCGAUAAACCAUAACGCCUCAGGCCCCCUGACAGACGGCCCGGACUUCUCAUACUUGGACAGCAAUAAGCCCGCACCUCCUGGCAAAGGACAACUGAAGAGACUUUUGAAGAACCAACAGCUAGCUAAUACUGUGUUGAAGCUGAAUGCGGAGAUACAAUUCGCAAUUGACGCUGAGAAAAGACUGCAGCUAGAAGCUCAGCAAGAGACUCAGAAAAUCCUUGACGCCAAACUUAAGCCUAAGGGUGAUGCAUUAAUUUCCCAAAGAUCCAGAAAACUCAAGUGAUGCAAUAAUUUAAAAGAAAAUAAAGAAGUUAGUGUUAAUUAACAGAAGAAGGAAAAAACUCCAAUUAUACU